AUGGCUAUCCGGGCUUCGGCCUCUGCCAGAAAGGCUGUGAUAAAAAUUUUCCGAUCAAUCAUGGUUCUUAUGCUCACAUUAGAGGAGAGGCUAGGAAAUUUCUCUGAAAAAAGCUCCAUGCUUUUGGAACAUACAAUAGAUCACUUUCUUUUAGCGCUUGCCGACAAGGAUACUCCCGUUCGAUUUGCUGCCAGCAAGGCCUUGAGUAUGGUUACUCUAAAGUUGGAUCCCGAAAUGGCCCCUGACAUUGUUGAAGCCGUUUUGGAGGCAUUGGAGGAGGAUAUUCUCUAUGAAACGCAGGCUGGGACAUUAAUAUCUUCCUUUCAAGCUGGAAAUACUAGGUCGAGUUUAUCAAGACGGAACACGAAUGCGGUUGACCCCCAGAAAUGGCAGGGGUUGAUUCUUACGCUAAGCCAGCUACUCUUCCGUCGAGCACUUCCUCCAUUCUAUCUUGACCAAGUAUUACAAUCCCUACUCUCCGGCCUUGAAUUUGAACAAAGAUCAUCCACGGGUAGUUCAGUUGGGGGUGGCGUCAGGGAUGCCUCUUGUUUUGGUAUUUGGUCUAUUGCGCGAAAAUACACUUCCAGAGAGAUAUGUGCGCCGGAUCCUCAAAAGAUUAAAGUCGGAACAAACAAGGAUGAAAGUGUUCUUCAACUUUUAGCUGUCGAGCUCGUUUGUGCCGCAUGUUUAGACCCCUCAGGAAAUAUACGUCGGGGUGCUUCAGCUGCAUUACAAGAAUUAAUUGGUCGCCACCCGGAUACUGUUCUAGAAGGGAUUACUCUUGUCCAGAUCGUUGAUUACCAUGCAGUUGCGCGACGAGCAAAAGCUAUGCAAGAAGUUGCAAAAGAUGCGGCUGGCAUUGGGCAGUCGUAUUGGGAUUCACUUCUUGACGGAUUGUUGCAGUGGCGUGGGAUAGGAUCUCCGGAUUCCCGGUCCAGAAGAACUGCUGCCGCUGCCAUUGGAGAGUUAAGCAUUCAGGAAGGUUAUAAAAGCAUUCUAACCGUACUGCGUCGAACUAUUAAAUGCCUCUCAGCAGUAUCCGCAUACGCCAUCGAAGUACGACAUGGGUGUUUGCUUUCGCUAGCUGCUGUGGUCGAUGAAUUCCUGGCAUAUCGAUUGAAAAACCCUAGCGAGGACCAGUCUGCCCAAAGUGUCGCACUUGAAAUAUCUAGCCUCUGGGAAGUCCUAGACAGGCAAAUCGGACAGUCGAAGGACAGCCUUACUCUUUCUGAGCUUCGACCAGACUUGACUACUGAAGCGUCUGCGCGGUUUUUGUCUUCGCUUGCUCGUUCCUGUACCGACGGCAGUGCUAGCCCAGCUGUGCCCAGGCCAUCUGAAAAGCUGCUUGAAAAGGCUGUUGAUAUCUUGAUCCUCUGUGUUUGUCGAGGCGACGACAUUCCCAUUGAAGCAUCAUCGCAAGCGGCGUCAGAUUUAUUUGCUCUUCUCCCCUCACAGAAGCAAACGGAAGUGAUAACGCUCUGGUUUGACAACAUUAACGCUAGCUGGAAGUCCACGUCAGGUCGGGGUCAAAUCUCAGCACUUGGGGCGGUUUUUAAGCAGCUUCCCGUGUCUAGUGAGGGGAGAACCAUGAUUUUAAAUGAGCUUCUUAGAUCUACCAGCGAGGAGGAAUCGAUUUCAAAGAGGUCGUCCGCUGUGAAGUGUAUCACAACGGGAAUUUUACCUUACGCGGAAAACGUCAAAUCCAUAUCUACUCAUUUUGAAGCGUUCCUUAAUGAUUAUACUACCGAUCGAAGAGGCGAUAUUGGGUCGUUUAUCCGGCUUGAAGCCAUUGGUGGUGUCAAUUUUAUUCUCAACUCUAAACUGAUACAGCCUUUGGAGUUGUAUGAUUUGAUGAAAUGCGUGGUGAGGCUUACCGCCGAAAAGCUAGAUAAGGUGCGCUUUCAAGCAUGGAAGUGUCUCGUAAGAUUCUGGGAGGAGUCACCAACGCUGCCCCCUUUGCAGGAGCGCUAUGAACACUUGAGCGAGGUAUCCUCAACAGGGUAUUUCUUACAGCUCUUUUCUCUCCUUUCGGUGGACUGGAUUCGGCCAUCCUUGUUAAGGGGUGUGGCGACUUCUGCCAGUGCUGGUACCGAAGGUUUAGUUAAAUCCUCAAGGCUUGCUCUAGCACAAUAUAUCAAAAUGUACGGCGACGAUAACGAAUGCCUACUAAAGCGAAAUGUUUUUGACGACUUGAUGCUGGCGUUGGAAAGUACGAUUGAUGAUGACCGUUACGCUAUACCCACUGUUGAUACCAUUUGUUUCUUACUUGACAAUUGCUUUGAGAAUUCCGCACUGUUAAAUCUCAAUUUCCGAAAGCUCUUUCUUCUGGUCCAGAAAUCGCACUUUAAAUCCUCAAAUAUACCCAGAAUCGAGGCUGCAAUUAAACUGUAUUCCACGCUACUGCGCCAGGAAACCAUUCGGAAAGAUGUUAUGAAGAAAAUGAUUAGCAUGCUAUUGCAUUCCUACCCCAAGGCACUGUUGAUGGGUUACGACGGAUUUAUCAGCUUAAUUGAGGGAGUUGCCAGUUAUCAUAGUAGAGCGCAGUUUGAUCCAUUUUCUUGGCAUCGACCUUCGGCCCGUCGUUUCGCCGGGCACCUUUGGGAGCUGGUGGAAGUUACCAAUGGCUUCACGUCGCGCAACAAGCUCCUGUGUUCCAGGGCUGCUGCGGAGUAUUUACGGUUUCUCUCUUUUCUUUCGCGGGAAAAUGGCUACUCUAGCCCCAAGUUCUUCCGGCAUUCCGCCGAAUCCAACGUCCGAAACCUUGAAGAAAGAGUAAAGGUCGAUCAGCUAAAGGAAGCGUUGAGCGAAAUCUUUGCCGAGUACGGUUCGAUCCUCGAGAUUGUCGCAAAGUCAAACCUCAAGGCUAAAGGCCAAGCUUUCAUUGUUUUUGACAAUGUUGAUUCUGCGACACGCGCUAUCGAAGAGAUUAAUGGGUUCGAGCUUUUUGAAAAGCCCAUGGUCUUGGAUUACGCGAAAACAAGAAGCGAUGCUACCGUGUUGAAAGAAGCCGGUGAGCAGGAAUUAGAGACACAUAAGAGGAGAAGGUUGGCCGAAAAAGAGAGAAAACAGGCCCAGGAGGCGCUCGAGAACCAGAAGAAACUUAAGAGACCGGCCGGCGCUGCUGCCGACACUCGCCCCGCCAAGACGACGAGAGGUGCAGGGCUGAAGCCGACUGGCGCUGCUGCCGCACCAGUUAUACCGGACGAGUACCUUCCACCCAACAAGAUUUUGUUCUUACGGGAGGUCCCCGAUUCAUACGAUUCUGCUGGCCUUACGGCGAUAUUUGGCCGCUUUGAAGGCUUCAAGGAAGUUCGUAUGGUACCAGGCCGAAAGGGUAUUGCGUUUGUGGAGUAUGAGAGUGAAGCUGGAGCUAUUAGUGCCAAGGAAGCGACCUCUGGCAUGACGUUGGGUGAGAACGGAAAGCCGAUGAGGGUCACAUACCAGAGGCAGUAG